CUGAUCAGUCACUCAGAGUGUGUGUCUGUGUGUGUCUGUGUGUGUGUUCAGCAGGGGGACCCUGACUUAAACAGCAACACUUUCCUGCAGCAGACAGACACGUCUCUCCUCCUGAUGGACGACUACGCUCUUCCCUUCUGGGUCCACCUGGCGGUGGUGACCGUGCUCGUUGGGGGGGCCGUGAAGAAGGUGCUGGCGUCCCACCUGAGCGCCGGACCCACCUUGGUGGCCUGGCUGGGGGCCACGGUCCUGGUGGAGCGGCUGUGGGCGUUCUGCCUGCCGGCCCUGCUCCUGCUGGUGCUGCUGGGCCUCGCGUACCGCCUCUGCUGGCGGUCCAGGACCGGCCCGCCCACCGCCAUCCUGCCCGCCGAGGGCAAGGCCGUGCUGAUCACAGGUUGUGACUCCGGCUUCGGCCACGCUGCGGCCAAACGUCUGGACGCUCUGGGCUUUGAGGUGUUCGCCACGGUGAUGGACCUGACCGGGGACGGAGCCAGGGAGCUGCAGAGGACCGGCUCGUCCCGCCUCACCGUCCUCCAGGUGGACAUCACUCAGCCUCAGCAGGUGCAGCAGGCGCUGCUGGACACCAAGGCCAAGCUGGGCCUCCGAGGUCUGUGGGGUUUGGUCAACAACGCCGGUGUGUGUGUGAACUUCGGAGACGCAGAGCUGUCGCUCAUGUCCAACUUCCGUGGCUGCAUGGAGGUCAACUUCUUCGGCACGCUGUGCGUCACCAAGUGCUUCCUGCCGCUCAUACGACAAGCUAAAGGACGCAUCGUCACCAUCUCCAGCCCAGCUGGUGACCAGCCGUUCCCGUGCCUGGCGGCGUACGGCGCGUCCAAAGCAGCUCUCAACCUCUUCACUGACACUCUGAGGCACGAGCUGGAGCCCUGGGGGGUCCACGUGUCCACCGUCCUGCCGUCCUCCUACAAGACAGGUCACUCCAGUAACCACACCUACUGGGAGCAGCAGCACAAGCAGCUGCUGCAGAGCCUGUCGCCGGCGCUGCUCGACGAGUACGGCGAGGACUACGUGACCGAGACCAAGGACCUGUUCCAGAGCUUCGCCAAGCAGGCCAACCCGGACCUCAGCCCCGUCACCGGCACCAUCGUGCACGCGCUGCUGGCGCCGCAGCCGCAGGCGCGCUACUACGCCGGCCCCGGCGUCGGCCUCAUGUACUUCAUCCACAGCUACUGCCCGUUCAGCCUCAGCAACCGCUUCCUCCAGAAACUCUUCCUGAAGAAGAAGCUGGUGCCGCGCGCGCUGAGGAAGCAGUCGGGCCUGGAGGUGGGCCUCGACCUGGACCACCUCUACAACAACAACAACAACAACAACGAGGAGAAGCUGCAGCAGCUGUGAGGCUGCAGACUGUCCACCUGCAGAUAGAGGACCACUUCUGUAACUCACUUAUACAGUCGUAUCCCGUCCUGUUCGUUCUGUGACUGUCCAAGUGAUCAUAGUGAUGCACCCAGGUGUCUGACUCCGCCCACACAGGAUGACGACUGCCCUGGACUUCAGGAGGCGGGGUUUGGAUAGAAGUAGGGAAGCAGCCGCAGGUCGCUGCACAAACACACUGACUUCAUGUGCCUUCAUCACGCAGAGAGCUGAGAGUCAGCGCCGUCCCAGAAACGCUCCUGGUGGACCACCUCUCGUCAGGACUGCCUCUCAUCAGGACCGCCUCUCAUCAGGACCGCCUCUCAUCAGGNGCCUCUCAUCAGGACCGCCUCUCAUCAGGACCGCCUCUCAUCAGGUCCGCCUCUCGUCAGGACCGCCUCUCGUCAGGACCGCCUCUCGUCAGGACCGCCUCUCAUCAGGACCGCCUCUCAUCAGGACCGCCUCUCAUCAGGACCGCCUCUCAUCAGGACCGCCUCUCAUCAGGACUCGGCUCCAACUUUACACCAACUUAGCUCACUAAGUUCACUCGGUUUCUGCAAACAGGAAAUGAUGUCAGCGAACACCUGAGGCUCAUGUUUUUAUGACUCACCUGCUUCACUCCAGGAGGUUCAAAGAAUCUCUCGCUUCACAGGAAAUCUAAAACAUGAACGUCUGAGAAGUCCGAACUAAAUACGAACAGACUCCACCCGCCAGGGCUGUCAGUAAUAAUGACACAAACGCACCCUGCCACACUCCUCACACACCUGUGAUCAGCAGGAACUUCCACCUCACAACUUCUCAGAAUCAUUCUAGGAAAAAAAUGAUUUAUUGAUUUUUAAAAGAAAAAAAAUCACAUUUUUUUUUAUCAGAGACAGAAUUAAUCAAAAAGUUUCUUCUUUGAUUCAACCUUCAAAUUAAAUCCAAAACAAACAUUAAAGUUACCAAAAUGUUUAA